UUUUACUGGCAUGUUUGAAUAGCGCGCCAUAAUGGCUCCUGUACACUGGACGUGGAAACGUUUGCCUCGCGGCUAGUACUCCAAUGUGCAGGAACCAUAAGCGGCGCUGCUGCGAUUGUAGAGCGUAGAGCCAGAGCGUCAAAUGAAGGAGAUGCAGGGCAUUUUUGAUGUUCGAACAUGUUUAGCGCGCGAGCGUAUGUGAAUCGCAAUUGUCGCGAGUCCUGUUGAGUCCUGUUCCAUCUUUCGUCGUGCACCGUCCUAUUCUGCUGCUGAUUUCCGUCGAUUAUCCGCUGAUUAUUCAUCACAACUACAGAGACAUCAACCGUGGUACUGACUUUAUAAAAUUGGAAAUCCAAAAUAGAUACAAAAGAAGGAAAAUAAAGAAUCUUGCAAAUAUAUUUGUUGUCUUUGAUUACAAUGGAUAUCCACAAUACUAAGCAACGUUAUAAACGUUGUUGGAAGGAGAAAGCUGAGAAAAGAGUUACAAAAAAAUUAAAACUUGAAAAGCAGCAAGAUGAUCUCUUGAAAAAGGUCCAUAGAUUACUAGAACCAAAAUGCAGGUUCAACGACAGUAAUUUGAGCAAUAGCAGUAAUAGCAAUUUAUCAGUUUUAAUAGAAUCUGAAGAAGAAAACUUAUAAGCUAAUGAGUUAAUAGAUUUAAAUCAUCAUUCUCAAAGCGAGGUUGAGAUUCAAAAUAAUAUAACUUUGAAAGACUUUCAAGUAGAAUGAGUUCUGAUAAAAAUACAGAUGAAAGUGAAAACAUAAACGAAAAUGAAAAUAUCUAUAAUAAUGAAAGUACAGAUGAAAAUGGAGAGGAAAAUGAAAAUAUUAAUGAGAGUGAUAAUACAGAUAAAAGGGAAAAUGAAAAUAUUAAUGAGAGUGAUAAUACAGAUGAAAGUGAAAAUGAAAAUGUUAAUAUGGUUUUUGAAAAUGAUGAGCAAAAGGAAAUUUAUGUGCUAUCAGCUUUACGUAAAUGGGCUUUAUCAGGUGGUGUUAUUUCUAUGUCCAAAAUAGACGAAUUAAUUGCAAAGCUUCGACUUGUAUUUCAUAAUCUGCCUAAAAGUUAUAAGACUUUAUUGAAAACUGAUGAUGUAUAUAUUACUCGAUUUGAAAAUGGAGGACAAUUUUGGUAUCGAGGAAUCCAAAAUUAUUUGGAUGGACUAAUUUUAAGAGAUUACUUGCAAGUAAAUAGAAAAAUUGAAAUAGAUGUUAAUUGCGACGGAUUCCCUCUUUUUCGGAGUUCAAAGAAAAAAUUUUGGCCUAUUUUAAGGCAUCUCGUAGCAACUAAAAAUGAACCAUUCAUUAUUGCAAUUUAUUUUGGGAAUUCUGAUUCCAAUAAUAUACAAGAGUUUUUACAAGAUUUUAUAAAUGAAGCUGAAAAUCUGACAACUAAUGGUUAUAUACGAAAUGAAAGAACGUAUAACUUUGUCAUCAGACAUUAUGUUCUUGAUGCUCCAGCUAGAGAAUUAAUAAAAUGUUGCAUUGGUCAUAAUGGAUAUGCUUCUUGCAAGAAAUGUACAGUAUGGGGAGAACGAUUGGAUUAUAAGCAAACGUAUAUUGAUCUAGAUGCUCCUUUAAGAACGGAUGAAAGUUUCAAAAAUUAAAUGCAGCCUCGCCAUCAUAGAGGAGUAUCAUUUCUUCUUCAAAUUAAUACUAAAAUGGUUUCUCAAUUUCGGUUAAAGCCCAUGCAUUUGGUAUAUGAAGGUGUAUUUAAGAGAUUAUUGGAAGUAUGGAAAAAUUGAAUAACUCCAUGGAAAUUGCACUGGACUGUUGUAAAUGGAAUAUCUGAUAGUCUACUUCUAUUAGCUCCUUCUUGCCCUCAAGAUUUCGUUAGAAAACCAAGACCUUUAAAUGAAUUAUCAUUUUACAAAGCAACGGAAUUCCGUCGUUUGUGCUUAUACGAUGGUAUUGUAGCUUUUGCUUUGCAUGUUGAUAGAAAUAUUUAUAAGCACUUUCUAUUAUUGCAUUGCGGAAUUUAUAUUCUUACAAGUCCAAUUCUUUAUAAAACUUUGAACGCUUGUGCAAAUGUUAUACUGAGGACUUUUAUCGAAUAUUUUGUCACACUAUUUGGAAAAUCAUUUGUUGUGUAUAAUGUUCACUCUCUUUGCCACUUGGCACAGGAGUGUGAUGAUCAUGGUUGUUUAGAUACUUUUAGUGUCUUUCGUUAUGAAAACAAACUGAAAGUAAUUAAAAGUAACCUUAAAUCCGGUUUUAAACCCGUUCAACAAGCAGAUAAACGUGAGAUAGAACGAAGCAACAAAAAAGUUGUACUUAUAGAUUCUGAUAUUAAUAAAGUUAUUCUUUCAAAAGAGCACAGAGAUAUUAAUGAAAAUGUCCACGGUGAACAAUUUAGAAAAAUUUCAGUAAAUAAUGUGAUUUUUGAAGUCAAUAAAAGAGAUUCAUGCUUCAAAGCAGUUACUGGUGAAAUUGUAGUCCUGAGGAAUAUCGUUUGUAGACAGGAUGAUAUAAUUUUUGUUGGCAAUAUUUUUUUGAAUAUUUCUGAUUUUUAUAC